AAGUUUAUAAUUACCGCGUUUUUUUCUCUGAUUUCAUCAUCAUCAUCAUCAUCAUUGUUGUUGUCACAAAAAUUAUCUCAAUGUCAAAAUUAAGUUUUUUUUCAACUUUUGAUAAUGAAAAAUAGAAACGAAAAUUUUCUCCCACUUCGUCAGAUUGAAUGCUCAAAAUCAAUUAUGAUGGAUGUAUCUGAUCAUCACCAUCAUUUGCAUAUCAAUCAACAUAAUCCUGAUCAACAUCAACAAUAUUCAGGAUUUAUUUUUGAAGAUUUGGAUGCAGCAUUUCUUUCGGUACCAAAUAAUAAUGAUGAAGACGACGAUGAUGAUGGAUGUUGUGGUACAGGUGGUGGUGAAGAUAAAGUUACAUUGAUCAAAGAUGAUGAUGAUGGACAAACAUACAGUAUUAUGAAUGGUGGUGAUCUCCCAUCAUCAUCAUCAUCAGCAACAAUAUCCGUGAAAAAAGAUUAUAAAUGGAGCCCGAAUGAAACUAUAUAUAUGAUUACAUCAUGGGAGAAAUAUUCGAAAAAUGCGUCCGGAAAAACAUCAACAUAUAAUAAAUGGAUUUAUAUGAAUAUACAACAAGAUCUACAAUCAUCGGGUUAUGAUCGUAAUCUUGAACAGAUACGACGUAAAAUUUCACAGCUAAAAAGUCGUUAUUUCAAAGAAAUUCGUCAAUCACCGAAUAACGUUGAAAAUUCCACGACAAAUUGGGAAUAUUUUAAACAAUUGGAUCGUAUUCUCCAUCAUCAAUAUCAUGGUGACAACAAAAACAUUAAUGAUCAACAAUCAUCGUCAUCAUCAUCAUAUCUAAUGAAUAAUAGUGAAAAUUAUCCGAUAGAAUCACCAAAACCACCAACAGAAUCGAAUAAACGUAUACGAACGAUAAAUUAUGAUGAUAAUAAUCAUAAUGAUGAUGAAUCAAAUGAUGAUAGUAGUAGUGUUAGUGUUGGACAAAAUAGUAUAACGGCCGGUGAUUCAACAACAACAACAACAACAGCCAAUUCAUUCGAAGAUCGUAUAAUGAAAAUGAUGAAAACACAGUAUAGAAAUCAACAACAACAAUGGAAACGAAUUUCACAACAGAUUGAACAAAAUCGACAAUCGAUUGAUUUAUUACAACAAACAAUAAAUCGUUUACAGGAACAAUUACAGAAUCAACAGAAUGGCCAGUGGUAUAAUAAUGGAAUGAGUAUGCAGAAAAAUUGGAAUUAUGAUUAUAAUAAUCAAUAUUUUUGAUUUAUUUUUGAAAAAAAAAAUGUUCCAUGUUAGUAUCAUCAUCAAGUACUUUAUUUUUUGUGAUUCUUUCUUUUAAUGCUUUUUUUUCGUUUGAUUUUCAUAUAAAGAUAUCAAUUGUCAAUGUAUCAAGAAUAAUUCGAAAUAAAAAAAAAAUUAAUUUUUUUUCCACAAAAUUCA